GGAGUUUUGGCGUGGAGGGAAGCCUCCCUUGCACACUCUUAUCAUGUAGCUAGUGGAGGGGAUAACUGAAAGGAAAAGGCCCUAAAUUGCACGCCACAUUUGCACAAGAUUUUCUUCAAGGUCUAUCUUGGAAUUGAAUCUCUGUUGCCUAGAGUUGUUGCCCAAAUCCUCUUAUCCAUCGGUCAAUCCACAUAUACUGCCCCAUCCACAUGCCACUGAGUUAUUCCCCGUCCCUGGCUUCUCUGCCUAUUAAAAGCCCAUGACCAGCCAAAGAACAGGAAAGCAGAACACUUGAUGGCCGUGGAGGAAGAGUAUGAUGUCUCCUUUGCAGAGCUAAGCAAGCAGAUUUCCCUGCUUAUUAUGGAUGACGAUAAGGGCGAACUCCAUGCGCAGUUUCCUCAGCUUCCUCGACAGAUUAUCGUUCCACCGUACUAUGGAUUUGAGGCGGCCUGCAGGAGAGAGAGCAGAGGAACCGGAGUCUUCAUCCCACGGGCUGCUGUACCAAGAAGGAAGAACAAAUCAAGGAAGCCGAUUCAAGCUGACAUCGGGCAGGAAGACAGCAAAACUCCACCUGCAGGCGAUUUCCCAUGGCGCCGUCAAUGACAAUCUCUGUUCACUCGUGCUGUGUUAACGAUGUUUAAAUAAGUUUCCAACCUUUAAGUA